AAAAUGGCAAAUAAGUCAAAACAAUCCUCAGAGAAGAAGACCGGAGACCUCACGAACACUGCUGGUGGGUUCAACGAAUCAGCCGUCGUGGUUUUCCGGCAACCACAUGAUGGGACAGACUACUUCGACUACAAAGGGUGUAGGUGUAAGCUUGACCUUAAAAUCGUCGAACGCCCCAAAAGAAUCGACAGAAAUCGUCAAACGAGGAUACUGCCCGUGUUGCCGACGAAGGCAGUUCCUCGGAACUGCGCUGACCACCACUUUACUGCCCGUUUUCCCCGCUUUCGCGUCUGAUGGAGAUUCGAACACUCCUGGCGACCCUAUGGCAGAAUUGAAGAGGAUUCGUCCUCCAAAGCCAGAUUGGUACGAGGAGUUGUUUGCAUCUGCUAUGGACAAAUUAACGAAACCUUAUGAAGCAGAGGUUGCAGGUUACAAGUCGGAGAUUCUUUCUAAUUUGAGAGGGAAAGUUGGGGAGGUCGUGGAAAUCGGCGUAGGAACUGGUCCUAACCUCAAAUACUAUGCCGAUGAUCCUAAUGUGCGUGUCUUCGGAAUCGAUCCAAACAAAAAGAUGGAGAAGUAUGCACUGGCUGCAGCCGAGGCUGCCGGACUCCCUGCGUCGAAUUUCACAUUCUUGCAAGGAGUUGGAGAGGCUUUGCCAUUAAAGGACUCGUCCGCUGAUGCUGUCGUUGGGACACUCGUUCUAUGUUCUGUCAGCGAUGUCGAUCAGACACUGCAAGAGAUCAGGAGGGUGCUUAAGCCAGGAGGGGUUUAUGUGUUCAUCGAGCAUGUUGCUGCAAGAGAUGGAUCGUUUCUGAGGUUCUUACAGGGAUUUCUUGAUCCAUUGCAGCAAGCUGUGGCUGACGGGUGCUCUCUGACAAGAAACACUGCAUCGAACAUUGCCGCCGCAGGAUUUGCCGACGUUGAUGUCAAUCAGGUUGUUAUAUCCUCCGCCGCCUUCGUAAAUCCCCAUGUUUAUGGUAUAGCUCACAAAUAGUUUACACGAAAACGACGAGUUUAGAAGUAAUUCAAGAACGUGGGCUUAUUGGGCUUACAAGGUGAUUUAAAGGUUGUCCAAAUAAAUCAGGCCCAAACUUGUAUUGCCUAAUAACUAUCUGCUCCCUGUCCCGGGUUACUGAAAACAAGAGGUAUGAUUAGGAAAUAAUUAAUAAUGUAUAAUUAAAAAUAAUCAUAAUUAUAUAUUA